AUGUCUCCGAAGGAACCCAAGCAUUCUGUUGGCUUUUACUACAACUAUGGAGACAUUCAAACGCCACGUGAGAUUGCUACUCGCUUGGACCCUAAGAUCUUUUUUCGAGUCCGUCACAGUAAGUGAAAUGCCAUCAAUAGUGUAGGGUCUGUCAACAAGAGAUAGGAUAGUAAGACACUCUUAAAACUUCAUUUUUUUAACAUUAAAGGAUGAGCCCCAAAGGACAGUCCAAUCAUAUAGACUGUUUAAAUCAGAUUGCAAAGUUCUGCAGUCAGAUAGGUUAGAGAUCAAACGUGAACAUUUUGCAACGUCAGCACAAAGGGCAAAAGUAGUAUUACUGUUAACAACGUCGGGUAGAUCAUUGAUGCCGAUAGUAGGGAGAGGAAGGGACAAACAAGCCGUCUUGUGGAACACCAGGAAUCAUCUGAGACCACGAGGAGAGUACGCCAUCGACAUGUACACAUUUGACACCCAGGCUCACGCGGUUUAUAUCCGUCUAGUUUAG